GAGGCAAAGGAAAAAAUCUUUGCUGGUGGUAGCAUGUGAGCAACCCUGUAUGAAGGGCCUCUGAUAGGUAAGAAGAUUUUCUUUGACCCCUCUGUUUUUCAUUUAAUGUUAGAGGGAGUGAUGUUAGAUAGGUGAGCGAUGGGGAUGUUGCGGAUAAUUUGAUGGUUGCAGAGAGCAAAGGUUGGCUUCUUUUUUUUUCCGGCAGCUCACAUGCGGUGGGUGUGAUUGCGGCCGAUAAAAUCAGAAAAAAAGGAGAUCACACAAGGGCUCGGGCACGGACACCAAAGGUUGUGGAAAUGUUGCUUUAAGAUGGCAAAAAAGAGAUUAGGAUUGGUCUUGGGAGAAACUUCGUUAUAUUCGGAAGUUAUACUGUCUUCUCCUUCGUGAAAACAAGUAGAGUUGCUGCCAGUUUUUGUUUAACUUAGAGGCCAUGGGCAACCAUCAAUAGAAGAUAAAAGGUAUAAAAGUUGCAUGACUUCUUCAACAAGAGAAAGAGGGAUGGUAUCAGUUGAAAUAAAGCGAGAGGAAAAGAAAACAACUGAAAACAGUUAACUCAUACAGAACAACACCACACAUCUUGUCAUGAUCUCAAGGAGUGGGUCUCUUCCCUGGAAAAGCAAAGAAAUAUAUGGGAUGAUCAUCUACCAGGGCAGGAAGAUGGAGAUCUCCAGAAGCAGCUGUUAUUCCAAAUUAUCAUCUUCCAAUGCGCAGUCUUGAAAAUAAAAACAGAACAUCAGUGGAUGACAUUAAGAGCCUCAGAUUAAUCACAGCCAUCAAGACUCCAUAUUUGCCUGAUGGGAGAUUUGACCUUGAAGCUUAUGACUCGCUGAUGCACAUGCAGAUUAACAAUGGUGCUGAGGGUGUAAUAGUGGGAGGUACAACAGGGGAGGGCCAUCUCAUGAGCUGGGAUGAACACAUCAUGCUCAUUGGGCACACUGUUAAUUGCUUUGGUACAUCAAUCAAAGUGAUAGGGAACACUGGAAGCAACUCAACAAGAGAAGCAAUCCAUGCAUCUGAACAGGGCUUUGCCGUAGGCAUGCAUGCAGCCCUUCAUAUCAAUCCUUAUUAUGGGAAGACAUCUUCGCAAGGACUAGUCUCGCAUUUUGAGACAGUCCUCUCCAUGGGCCCGACCAUCAUCUACAAUGUACCAUCAAGAACUGGACAAGAUAUUCCUCCUUCGGUUAUCCAUAUGAUUUCACAGAAUCCUAACAUGGCGGGUGUCAAGGAGUGUGUUGGACAUAACCGAGUUAAGGAAUAUACAGAUCAGGGGAUAGUAAUAUGGAGUGGUAAUGACAACGAGUGCCAUGAUUCUAGGUGGACUUAUGGGGCGAAUGGAGUUAUAUCUGUUGUUAGUAACCUUGUUCCAGGUCUGAUGCAUGAGCUCAUGUUCCAAGGGAAGAAUCCUUCGCUGAACUCGAAACUGAUGCCUUUGAUUGAUUGGUUGUUUCGUGAGCCAAAUCCUAUAGGCCUUAACACUGCUCUGGCUCAACUGGGAGUGACAAGGCCCGUUUUCAGGUUGCCAUAUGUUCCUCUUCCUCUUGAAAGAAGGGUCGAAUUCGUCGGUAUGGUGGAGGCCAUCGGAAGGGAGAAUUUUGUAGGAGAGAAGGAUGUACAAGUCCUCGACGAUGCUGACUUUAUAUCGGUGGGUCGAUAUUAGCAUAUGCUUCAUCAUGCUUAGCAUUUUGACAACUUUUUUACUAGGAUUUCGUUAAUGGAUAACUGGAUAAUACUGUUGUAUCACAAUUGAAACUGAUUAGAGUUGAGCUGGCCAGUAUACUUCCCAGUGUUCACAUUAUCUUAUGAUUUUGGUUUUAGAAUUUUGGGCAUCGCUUUCUUGUUCAGGAUCCUUCCUGACUCUAUAUCAAUCGCUGAUGAAUUGUGGUACAAGAAGUAUUUGGUUUUGUUGGGUGUGGAAGAGUUCUGUGCUUUAUAGCACCGCAGAAGAAAUUCAUCAGCAUGUUAGUCUCGAUUGAGGUAUGUAAUCUUUCUAUUAUGCAUUUUUUUCCUCUUGAGAGAUGAUACAAUUUUAGUUUAAUAUAGUCCAUUGAAUACUUUUCUUGAUC